ACACACACACAAAAAAAAGAGCUUGCGGUGAAGUGAGCGAGUGAGUACGCCGAUGUCAAAAUGAAGUCGCCGGAGAUCGGAACCAGCGGGCGGCAGGCCUACGGACCCGACUGUGCCGAGGGCUUCCGCGCAAGCCGGAGCAAAGACCGGCUUCAGGCAUGGAUCUAACCAGGUCCGUCGGGAAGCCCACAACUCAAGUCCGCGGAACUCCCCACCGGUGUACGGGCCAGGCCGCUCCCAAUGUAGCCCGUCGUCCAAACAUGCCAGCGACUUAAGCCUAACGGCUUGUUCACCGCAACCCCAAGUCGCCCCGUCGGUUUGUGAAUCGCCGGCGAGUCCGUAUUUAGUUUCUACGUGACCCGGUGUUGGUGUUUGAUCGUCGGGGCUUUGCCUCGACGCCGCGGAGACCUUCCAAGAUGUGGAAUAUGAUGUGCGACGUGAUGCCAACCAUCUCGGAGGACAGCAUCGCUCAGCGCAGCGGCCAGUUCUCCGGGGAUGAGGCGAAUUUCGAGCAGCUGAUGGUGAAUAUGUUGGACGAACGCGACAAAUUGAUGGAGACGCUUCGCGAGACGCAGGAGACGCUGACGACGAACCAACAGAAGCUGACCGAUGUGGAGAAGGAACGCGACUCGCUCCAACGGCAGUUGCAGGCCAACUUGCCGCAGGAAUUCGCUACACUUACCAAAGAGCUUAACCAAGCAAGAGAACAACUUCUGGAAAAGGAAGAGGAGAUACAAGAAUUGAAAGCGGAACGAAAUAACACAAGGUUGCUCCUUGAACACUUGGAAUGUCUAGUCUCUCGCCAUGAACGCUCCUUACGGAUGACUGUGGUCAAGCGGCAAGCUCAGUCCCCGGCCGGCGUCUCUUCAGAGGUCGAAGUUCUGAAGGCCCUCAAGUCGCUUUUUGAACACCACAAGGCUCUGGAUGAGAAGGUCAGAGAACGUCUGAGAGUGGCACUGGAACGCGUCGGCACUCUGGAAGAAGAACUCACCAAGGCCAACGAAGAAAUCACGCAGUUCAAGACGAAAGGCACAAUAAUAUUGGAGGAAAAGAAGGGUGGCGACGUGGCGAUUGAGAACUCGCUGCACGGGAACAAGGUGUCGAAUGGCCUGGCGGACGUGGCGGAGGAGGCCUGCAAGGUCGUGGAGCUGCAGGAGAUGCUGGAGAAGCAAGCGGCGGAACUGUCGCUGGCGCGGACGAAGAUCAACGAGCUUCUGCCCCGCGUCCGAGAGCUAGAGGAAGCCUUGGCCCUUGCCCAGAAAGAAGUGUCUCAUAUGAAAGAGGAGAAUGCGCGGUUGGCCAGGGACCUCAAAGAGAACAAUGCCCAGAAAGAGGACCAGGAGGAGCGGAUAUCGACGCUGGAGAAGCGUUGUCUCAACGCGCAGAGAGAGAGUGUUUCUCUCCACGACCUGAACGAAAAGUUGGAGCAGGAACUUUCCAACAAGGAGGCGCAGUUGAAACUGAGUGAAGAAAAGAUUAGAGCUCUACAAGAACGUCUGGAACUUGCAGAACAGAAGUUGGCGCAGUUCUCAAAGAAGGAGGCAGACGUUGACAUUGCUUCAAUCAUUGCCCACGACAAGCACGGGUCGAUGGAGGACACUGUCAGCCGGCUGGAGCAACAACUCGAGGAGAAGGCUGGGGAGCUGAUGAGGGCGCGGCAGCGCGAGAAGAUGAACGACGACCACAACCAGAAGCUGUCUGCCACGGUGGACAAGCUGCUUGCAGAAAGCAACGACCGGCUGCAGCUACACCUCAAGGAGCGCAUGCACGCCCUGGACGAGAAGAACAUGCUCUCCCAAGAACUGGAGCGCACUCGCAAGGUGCUCGAAGACACGCAGGGAGAGAAGGAGAAGAUCUUUGAAGAGCUCUCCAAAGUUAGGCAGGAGAUGGACAUGAUUCGCCACGACGUCCAGAGCUACAGGACAGAAACACUCGCCAGGGUGACGUCGGCGCGCUCCCUCGCCCACCACUCUCCGCUGUCGCCCCAGAGGGGCCAGGUGGUGCUCUCACCACCGGGGUCCCACUCGAUGGCGAUCCCGUCGAGCUCCUCCGAGACGGCAUCCGUCGUGGCCUCGGUGUCGGUGGACGCUUUCCGGAGCCUCCCCGUGAGCGGCGGGGGCCUCGACCUGGGCUCGGGGGGCCCCCCAACGCCGGUGUCGCAACACCGGGUCCUCCCCAGAGUCAGGCGGAGGUCCCUCGAAGAAGACCCUGCCAAGAUGCUGGUGGAUCACGAGUGGGACAAGGUUGGCGGCGCUUCCUCGUCGUCCGUGAGCGGGAUCGGCUUAGACGGCACGGGUGGCAGCGACACGGAAUGCAGCCAGGAAGACAAUGAGAGUCUGCUGGAAGCCAUGGACAUGCUCUCGCCAGCUGGCCACCAUUCAGAUGCCCAGGCACUGGCCCUCAUGCUUCAGGAACAGCUAGAUGCUAUCAACAAUGAGAUCCGGUUGAUCCAGGAAGAGAAGCAGAGCACAGAACAGCGGGCGGAGGAACUGGAAUCGCGUGUCGGCAGCAGCUUGGAGCCCCUCGGUUCUCUGCUGUCGAGGGGCCGCUCUUUUGAGCGGGGUGGCCCCUCCCCACCCCUGAGUGGGCGCUCCACUCCCCCUUCUGGCGGACCCCACCACAGCCCGCAGAGGGAGUACCUUCCCAAGUACCACACGGUGCCUGCGUCCCUGGAAGUUCGGGACGACCGUCUUCUUCGAAGAGAGACAAGCCCUCCGACACCUCGGGCACUUCGCAUCGAUCGUGUCGCCCAGGCCCUGGCCCAGAGUUCCGAGGAGCUUCGAAGGUCCUUUGGACCGUCUCUGUCGCAGCAUGCUUCUUUGGGCGGCAGCCCUGCUUGCCUCUCCGGCAUUCCGCCAGAUGCCUUGCUCAGAGUAACGAUGGACGGGGGUCCAAGCUCCCUGAGCGCCCAGUCUCCACUGAGCUCGACCAACUCCUCGCAAGACUCGCUCAACAAGGCGGCCAAGAAGAAGGGUCUCAAGUCUUCCCUAGGACGCUUCUUCAGCAAGAAGGACAAGGUCAAAGGGAAGGACCUCUAUGGACAGGAGUACGGCAUCACUGGGGGCGGCAUCUACAUGGACAGCGACCUCUGUGCAAGCGACAUGGGCACCCUUUCCAUGGCAGGAGGGAUGGGUCCCAAGACCGAAGUUGAUCGGCGUACUAAGAAAAACUCAUCGUUCAGGCACGAGUUGCUGGCGGAAGCCAUGAAGGCUGGCACACCCUUUGCACUCUGGAACGGACCCACCAUUGUUGCGUGGCUAGAGUUAUGGGUCGGCAUGCCGGCAUGGUACGUGGCGGCGUGCCGGGCAAACGUCAAGAGCGGCGCCAUCAUGUCGGCCCUCUCGGACACGGAAAUCCAGCGGGAGAUCGGCAUCAGCAACCCGCUGCAUCGGCUCAAGCUGCGGUUGGCCAUCCAGGAGAUGGUGGCCCUGACCAGCCCGUCUGCUGCCAAGCCUGCACGCACGAGCCUGGCCUUUGGAGAGAUGAACCACGAGUGGAUCGGGAACGAGUGGCUGCCCAGCCUGGGGCUGCCCCAGUACCGCUCCACCUUCAUGGAGUGUCUCGUAGAUGCACGCAUGCUCAACCACCUCACCAAGAAGGACCUCAGGGUGCACCUCAAGAUGAUCGACAACUUGCACAGGACGAGCCUGCAGUGUGGGGUGAGCUGCUUGAAGAGGGUCAACUAUGACAGGCAGGAACUCUCCGAGCGCCGGAAGAACAGCGAGAAUGAAUCCAAAGAUGUGGUGGUGUGGUCCAAUGAGCGUGUGAUCAAGUGGGUGAAUGCCAUCGGCUUACGCGACUACUCCAACAACUUGCUGGAGACGGGAGUUCACGGGGCUCUCAUAGCGCUCGAGGACGCCUUCGAUCAUUGCGCGCUGGCCCUCGCUCUGCAGAUACCGACGCAAAAUAUUCAGGCACGUCAACUACUUGAGCACGAGUUUAGUAACCUUCUGAUUAUGGGAACAGAAAGGAGACCUGAUGACGGACCCAAGCACAUGGGAACAUCGCUUCAAGGGCUCCAAGGCGAUCGCUUGGUCUGAAAAAGCAACGUACAGGCGUCUUUUGUUAUUUUUUUUAUUUUUCCGAAGAGAAGUCGGUAGAAUGAAAGUGGUGGUUGGUUCCGUGUGCGUCGAACUUCGUGGAAAUUGACAGAGGUGGAUUUUUAGUACCUGUGUUGGCCGUUUCUCAACCGUGCAUCCACACGCUCAGCGCUGAAGAACCCCUGGCUUCCUUUUGUGGCUUUUUCCCUCUCCUCCUCUGUGCUGUUGAGCAAGCCGUGAGACCUGACUUUGGAUGCGGAUUCAACUUCUAUUCCCGUCCCGUCAUUAUGCGGGACCUAUGUGCGUUUUUAUACUUUCGUGUCAAAAGAAAGAGAGACUGUCCCGUUUCUACGGCUGGCGCCGGACGUUCCAGAUUGGAUUGGCUCGUCUGGAACGAGCUUCGCGUUAAGUAUGGCUGAGCAAAGAUUGCAGUCUGCCGUCCUGGCGGCCACCGGACAGUAACAAAGUGCUUCGGCUAAUGGCCAGGCUUGGCUGCUACUCUGUUCACUAAGCCCGACUUCCGUUUAUCUAGUGAAUUGUGCAGUUUUGUAAUGUUCUACUACGCCGUUUCUUUGGCACAAUCUAGGCAACUAUCGUCAUCUAAGCAGGGAUAACUAGUCAGUUGUGCAAAGAAGAAAAAGAGAUGCUAAUUUUUUUUAUUUUUUUUUGUAGGACAUUCUUUUUUUGUUUUGCAUUUCGCUCGACUUUGGGAGCCUUUUUUGUCGUUGUAUACCUAUAUAUAUUUUUUGCAUCGUGUCAUUUAAGUGCUAUUUCAAGGGAACAAACAAUAUGGUUGCUGUGGCUUCUUCUAACUCUGGGAGCUUGCUGUCGCGGCACCAAUAGCAAUUUGGUUUUAAUGUGCCAUGUAAGCUUACUGCUUUAUAGGCCUGUGAGCCAGGCAUAGAGCAGUCAAUAAUUUAUUGCACCCUUCACGUUGGCAGUAGUUCCUGAGCAAGACGCAAAAACUGUGCCAGUAAAGCACGGAGCAGCUAAAGCCUAUCCCAAUUCAAGCAGAUGUUUCUCCGGCAGCAGAAUGUCAAGCGAGCAGUUUACUGGCCAGCCCAAAUUUCUGGCCGCAUUUCUUUAUUAGAAAACAAAUGUAUAUAAUUUCUUUUUUCUUAUCUCUCAAAGCAACCACUUCCAAAACACUGUUUUCAAGCAGUUUUUCACCGUCUUUAAAGGAGCAACUUUAUUUUUUCUCUGGCAUUCGCUUGUUUUGGGUACACCUCUGUUUACUUCCAUUGAAGAAAAGAAAAGGCUCUGCUCGCAUUAGAAUUGUGUUUCUAAUCGUGCAACAACUCUUCUAAACUUCAUUGCUGUUUUUGUACAUGCAGGAUGCAGCGAUUGUUUGAUGAGGUUGAGUGUCUCAUACGGAGACGAUUAGUCUUAUUUUCGACUGAGGAUCAUUUUGUACCUUACUACGACCGUCGUGGAGAAGCCCCUUCAUUUAGCGAUGUUGAAGAGUCAAGGUCGUUUCAUGAUCACUCACUCCCCGAGGGAUUUGUGCUUCAUCGACAUACAGCCUGUUGAACAUGUAAGGUUCACGAGAGAGAAAGUUAAGACUGUUCAAUUGUGUUUGUGUGUUUAGGUUUCAGAUAUUACAUUUCUCGUUUUGAGAAUCUCCUGUUCCUUGACAGGCCACGUGACCAAUGGCAGAGUGCGUUCCUUAAGUCGCCGGAAUGUGGGUGUUUGCGCAAUUCAUAAUUUUUUGUACCGAGUCGCAUGCAGGGACGUUUGAGUUAGCUGAGGGGACAUUCGGGUCUUCAACUCCCCUACCUCGAGUUGCGACCAGGGUUGCCCCCUUUUUCGCCUGUCAAGAGUCGCAACCCGCGACUCUUGUCACGUGGAUCGCGCUACCGAGCGCCCUUCAACACGGUCACAGUGUGGAUGUUUUAAUUCACUGUCAUUACGUUACAACAGGCAACCAAAAUGCAGGAAAAAAGGAGAGGUUUUCGCUCGCUUUGUGGGUGCGAAAAGUGCACCAAUCGGAAUCGAGCGGCUCACUUUGCAGUCGGUCGAGCGUCCAAGCAAUAGCGUCUCGAAGGUCGGAGGACAGUAUCUGCGGGCAUGCUGAGAACGGCGUUUAUUGCGCAACUACUAAUGGUGUGUUUGUGAGCUUGGAGGAUAGAAAGGUGAUGCACUUGGGUAGAAGCUCUGAAUGCUGCACUGCACAAAGUAUGACGUGCUCGACAGUUGUUGUCACACGAGUUGUUCCUUUUUCAAGAGUUUGAUUUAGUUUUUAUUAUUUUUACUCCUUACGAAACAUGAAAGUGAGCCGAGGUGAAUGAGCGUAGACAUUGCAUAUCAUCACUUUGAGUAGGUAACGAGACCCGAAGCUGGAUCCUCUGACCGUUCCAUCGUUUUAUUUGCGACACACCGAGCCUAGGUUUCAGCUGCACGCGAGACGGUGUCCUUCUGUCGCUUUGCUAGUCCCCAAACACCUUGGUUCAUUUCUAGGCCAUUCUACCGCCAAAAUAGGUGAGCGUUUCUAAAGUUGCGCAUUCUGUAGAUACAUAUGCUUUAGAAAGACGGUAGGAUUUUGUAUUUCAAUUUUCGUUGCGCCGCCACCCUGUACAGAACCCGAAGCAGGCAGCAUGCGCUUCGCCGCUAGACCGCAGCCCCCUCUGGUUUAGUUACACGCAGUUCUGAGCCCUAGCAUACGGCGUGCUCGUGCCUGGCUGGACUAAAGAGGAACUCUGUGGCUAUACCCGAGACCUAUUAAUAGUCGCGCCUGUAUGUAUGAGCUUAUGAGGGCCACUAUCUCCAAACUACAUACCUAGCUCCACUCUAGAAGAUAUGAGCAGUUGGCAAGAAUGAAGUGAUUAGAGCAAGUUUCUCCCGGUUUUCUUCCUUAGUUUUCCCGCAUAAUUUUUGGGAGGUGUGCUGGAUGUAUCUACAUCGCGGAGUAAACAAACCCAUCGGUCCUGUCUACCCCACAUUUCUUUUUUUGCGAGGUUCACAUUGAGAGACAGUCACGUGCCUUCACCGAUGUUUCACUAAAGCUUGGGUUUUGAGUGUUGUCGUAUUUCAAGCCCCUUUCAUCCUCCCCCCUUCUCUCCCUACUUCAUAAAUUUGGUUGAAUGACAAGUGAUUUCUUCAUUCCUGUUCCCAAGCACAAGUAAAGUGUAGUUUUGUGUAUGCGUGUUGCUCGUAUGCAUGUUUAUAGAACUUAAGAAAACAAAACGGAACUGUGUUGGUCUUCUCGUGAAACAGUCAUUAGCUGUACAUAACGGGUGUACUAUAUUCAGUGUUAAUGUGUGUGCGCACAUCACCUGCUUGGCUCUCCCUCUCCUUUUACGUUCUUCCUUAAUUUUUUUUUCAUGCUCUGGUUUGUAAGCUUGGGAUAUAUCCAUCAACAAAACAGCAGCAAAAGUCUUAUGUCGUAUCGAAUGCCAGCUGCUGUGUAAUCCAGGGAUAUCUGUACAUUUUCUGAAAGCCUCUAGACAGCUGUUGCAUACCGAAAGUAUUAUUGCCCUUCCCCCACAUGUUGCAUUUACAUGCCAACCGAUUCUGUAGGAUACGUCUCUUGGAAACUUUCUUGGAAUGUAAACAAGAACGUGGAUGUGUUUGGCUGUGUUGCGAUGUACCAAAGCGCACGUGAAAAAGGCUCCUGUGUGAAUUUCUCGAGAUCUUUUUCUUUUUUUUUUUUUUCCUCGGGAAACAAGUCAUUUUUUUUUUGUAAAUAAAAUUAACAUCAAACAAGGAAACAGCAAGCGGUGCCUGUUGUUCUUCCCUCAAUCAUUUCUGGACACAGUUCCGGGCCUUUGGGUGAGAACGAGGGCUGCGGAAUAUGAUCCACUUCAUGUGUUUGUUCCUACUAAUAAUGUGCUGAAAAUGUCAUUUUUGCCACGGUAUUUUUUGAAAGCUACAGGUGGUACACGCGACCCAGCAGCUGUAAAUUUGUGCUGCGUCACAGCCACGCGUACAUGCCCUAACAAACCUCGAUCGCAAAAAAAAAAAAAAAAAAA